AUGCCAACGCUAAGGAGGGCUGUCGUUGGUAGAGCAGCGCUUGCAGCGCUCGCCGCCCUGCUGAUGUCAAUGGCGGGCCUGGCGCAGUCUCAGAUCAACCCAGGCAUGCCUUUGUACCAGCUUCAUGGAUCAGGCACAUCUAAUCCCGCGUUACUUAUCUGGCGUGUCAUGGACACCAUGAUGGCCCCUACAAAACCCAAAAUCGCCAUGUCGUACCGUUCAAUGGGUUCCGGAGCCGGCGGUGACGAAUUCACAGCCCUCAACUCUUCCGCCUUCAGCUGCGGAGAUGUUCCCAUCAGCCCAACUAACUUUAACCGAGCUCUGCAGCAAAACAACCCCAUGAUGCACGUGCCGUUCCUUGUUGGCUCUGUCUCCAUAUUCCACAAUAUCCCCGGCAUAGGAGAGGGCUUGUAUCUGCCGCCGUGCACGCUCGCGAAAAUGUUUCGAGGCGAGAUUUCCCAGUGGAACCAUCCAGAGAUCGUAACCAACAACACCCACCUGCCGGAUCUGGCCAAGAUAACCGCCAGCAUCGGAAUCGUACACCGAAACAACGGUUCCAGCAGCACGUACGCGCUUACUCACUACCUCAACAAGGCCUGCCCCGGGGAAUGGAGCGGCAAGGGCCAGGGUGUCGGUGUGACCAUUUCCUGGACCUCCAUCCCGGCAGCCCGCAGGACGAUGGUGACCAACUCCCAAACCAUGGUGGAGCAGAUCGCGACCAACCCGUACUCGCUGGGCUAUGUGGAGAGCGGACAGGGACUGCUGGCAGUGCAAAUCGCCACCUUCCUGAAGCACCUGGCUCUUUUCUUCUUUAAGUGCAACAUCGCCCUCCACCUGAUCGAGCACCCCGACCUCGUGAAGGCGUGCAAGGCUGUUGGCAUCACCCCCCCCAGCCGCAAGAAGCUUGCCUAUACCGUGCUUGACGAGGCGUACAGUGAGGUGUCGAAAGACGGGCUGUUGUCGUCUAAUGCCGUGAUGUUUCUGUCGUUUGCGUGGUGCGGCCGCGACGCCAAGAACCAGUGGCCGCUCACCCUGGGCACCUACUUUUAUGUACGAACAAAUCUAGCGUAUUUAAAUGAGACAGGCGGUCUCCUGAAGCUCUUUCUGUCGUACAUGCUGUCUGAUGACGUGGCGGCAAUCAUGCCGGAAUACAGCUUUACAGCACUGCCGAAGAAGCAUGUCUUUGCUUUGCCACUGGGCGCUUCCAUGUUGAAUCUGCCACUGUCCCCAAAAGCAACACCCCCGCCAAUCAAGCGGGCUGCCCUACAGUGA